GAGGCGGAGGGAGCGGCAUGGCGGCGCGGCGGGCGGGCCCCGGCGCGUGCCCCCCUCGUGCCCUUCCUCCAGUGCCAAGAGGAAGCCAAGAUGAAAUUCCACUCAGUCGUCCAAAAAAACGGAAGCCCAAAGGAAAGACUUCAUUAGAUGGUAUUGUGCAAGCAGCUGUUCGUCGGCAGUCUGAAAGCAGUGAGCCCCUAACUCCUGAACCGUGUGAUGUCCCUCCUCAGAGGAAACGCAAGAAGAAAAAAGUACCUCCUGAUUCUGAGACCUCUUUUACACAGCAGAAUGUUGCAUCCUUGUUUCAGAAUGGAAAUGGCAUGGAUGUCCCAGAAGCUGAAGAAACAGCAAUCCGCAAACACAGAAAACGAACUAGGAAACCUCGACCAGCAGAAAUGCAGUGUUCCAAUGAGUUAGAAGUGGAAGAGGAAGACAUCAUUGAAGAUGAGCAUAGAAAGAGCCCAGAUCAGCAGCCUGUGUUUGCUGCUCCUACUGGGAUUAGCCAGCCUGUUAGCAAGGUGUUCGUUGAAAAAAAUCGGCGUUUCCAGGCAGCUGACCGUGCAGAAUUGAUUAAAACCACUGAAAAUAUUAAUGUACUUAUGGAUGUGAAGGCUUCAUGGACCACCAGAGAUGUUGCCCUCUCAGUACACCGAAGUUUCAGGGUGAUUGGACUCUUUACCCAUGGCUUCCUUGCUGGGUAUGCUGUAUGGAACAUCAUUGUUAUCUACAUUUUGGCAGGAAAUCAGCUUUCCACAGUUUCUAACCUUCUCCAGCAGUAUAAGACGCUAGCAUACCCAGCUCAGAGUUUGUUCUAUUUGUUGCUGUCUAUCAGCACUGUCUCAGCCUUCGACAGGAUUGAUCUGGCGAAAGCAUCUGUUGCACUGAGGGGCUUUCUUACCCUAGACCCAGCAGCAGUAGCCUCUUUCUUGUACUUUGCUGCUCUUAUCUUGUCCUUAAGCCAGCAGAUGACAUGUGACAGAAUUAACCUCUACACACCACCUUCAGAAAAUGGCAGCAUCUGGUUGGCAGGUACAGAGGAAGAAAUUCUUCAGCCAUGGAUUGUGGUAAAUUUGGUAGUGUCUGUUCUAGUUGGGACAAGUUGGAUCUUCCUGUCUUACCGACCAGAGCUAGACCACAGUGAAGAACUGAUGUUUCAUGCUGAAAUUGAGGAAUUUCCUCAGGGGGAUAUCUUACCCAGAGUCCAGCCAUAGUGUGGAACAAGCAUCUUCAAAUAUUGUAGCUGUGACCAAUGGCUCAACAUUUUCUUUGUAUUGUAGCCAUAUAUUUCACUUUUCAUAAAGCAAAAAUUGUAUUUUUAUAUUGUAUAUGUUUGGUUUUGUUUCAUCAUUAUGUAUACUAUUUCUUAAAUUUCCAAAGGUAACUUAAAACUUUUAUACUUCUGCUUUUUGUUUUAUGAAGUAAAUUAUCUCUAGAGCAUAGUCAAGCUGUUUUUGUAAACAUUGCUGCCUAGAUAGCCAAAGAAAAUAGAUGGAUGCAGAAGAUCAGGUAUUCAGUGCUUCUGGAGAACUCUACAUUCCUCAACAGGUUGCACUUUAUUAUUGAUGCUGUUAUCAGCUCAUACAGUUAGGUUCUGACUUGGUUAAAUAUUUUCUAGAGGUCAUAAAAAAAAAAUCUCCGUAUAAAGAAAGCAGUUUAAGAAAGGUUAUAACAGAACAUGAAGUUAGAAAAUACGCAAAACAUUUCAGAGUUAGCAAACACAGAAUAAUCUGGUGUUGUCAUAAAAAGCAUUUUUCUAGAGUAUAGGGCUGGAUUGUCAAGGACUUAAUUUGAUAAUUCCUUAAAAGAGGACACUACUUUUUCAUAUCUCUUCACUUAGUUCUCUUGACAAAGGUCCUGACGAUACCAAGUUCUUGUAAGUUGAUGUAGAUGCAAGAAACAGAAGUUUUGACAUUAUAGCAAUUUGGUCAGCUAAUUAAUACCUAAAAUGCCCUUUUUUCAAGUGGGGCUUUUUGGAUUGCCAAUAGAAAAUAUAGGUCAUUUAAUUUCUUUGUAACAGUUGCACUUCUUGACUACCAAGCCAGUCACAGGAACGGUGUUCUAAUUUCUAGUUAUCUUGUGUAGUAUGGUAAGAAUAAUAGCAUUAUUCCCUGCUCUUUCUAAAGAAACUUGGAAUUUAUAGAUGUUACUUCCACCUAUUUUGAUGGUGGAUGAUUUCUUCCAAAACUGUUUGUAACUUUGUGUUAGGAAUGGAACGGGAAAUUUCUUCCUAAAAUUAUACGAAAAUGCUUAUUAAAGCAAAACAAAAACCUUACAGCAACCCACCUUCUGUGUAGUGAUACCAUAGUAGUAGUGGCGAUCUACUGUUUUUGACGACACCCAAGAUUUUAUUUUUCUUCAAUAUUUUAGUGGCAAACACAGCUGUCUAGGAGAACAAAACAAUCUCCUAAAUAGAUUUUAAAAUCAAUUUCUCAAGAAAUAUAACUUAAAGUAUAUAUCCUAUUUGUGUAUUUUAUUUAAUACAUAUUGACUUUACAUGUUAUGUUUAAUACAUGUGUCUUAAGCAGGUUUGUGAAGGGGUGCAGCUGCUGAAGUUCACUGGAGAACUACUGCAAUUUGUAGUUGUGAAGAUCAGUAGUUAAAAGAGCCAGUAACUUUUCAUGCUGUUAGCUCUGUUGUUUUAGGGCAAGGAUGAGAUGAGUAACGAAGGCUCUUCCUGCCCUGUGGAACACUUAAGGUCUGUUGUGUGCAUCCAGCACAUUUAGGAGACUCAAAAAUUCAGCAUUCCUGAUGUUUUUAGAAUGCUGUGAGUAAUCUCGAAUAAGUGAUUCCACCAAAAUGAAAAGGACAUGUUCCAUUGCUGUUGGACAUACUCUGGAGCACUCACACUGGUGUGGGAAAGAGCUGUUAAUGUUUUAUGUAAGUUGUGGUGGCUCUUGCGCAUGUAUUUUUUCAUAACUCAAGAGCUAAAUGAUGGCUCGCGCUGCACUAUGUACUAAAAUUGGGAGCGUUAGGGUGGCAGUCCCCUUCAGUGUGACAUUGGAAGCUUUUGUCUUGAUUUGACUGUAGUAGAGGAGGGGAAGAGGCACUUCUUAGUGUUCCCUUGCAGGUUUCUACCCCAGGGGAGAUGAGCAUAGGACCUUCUUCGUGUAUGAUGUGUCUGAUUUCCAAAACUGCUGAGCUCCUGAAGAUCAGUGCUGGCUUCUAGGUCUGUGUUUAGUUUCCUUGCAACUUGGGCUUGAUAAGAAGUGUAAUUUUGCCCAUAAAGUCAUGGAGCUCAGCGCUCAAUAGUUCUAGGGCAUCAAAUCAGUACUGGAAAAAUGGAAAAACUUAACUGCUUGAUUAAAUUUCUGACAUUAUGGCUAAGAAUUGGCCUCCUAAGUGUCCCUUUGGCAAAGCAUCUGCUAGCCCAGAGCCAGCUGCGUGUUCUUGUUCUGAAGUGUGGGGUUUGCUUAAAUGAAUGAGCAGGGGUUAAGUUAACGAUCCUAUGCAGUCAGUAUUUCAAACCAGGCUUGCCUCUCCAGUUUGUAUUUUUGGGAGGGGCUGGGUAUAUUCAUAUUUGAAUGAAUAAGGCUUGAAAUUUGUCAUUUAAAAUCACAUAGAAGUAAAAAACUUGUUGGUUAAUUACCUUUUUUACAAAGUACUUCUCAUUCCUUUAAGCCUCACAAUGCAGUUUGAGUUCAGCUGAGAGCUUUUUUGUUUAGCUACUUGAAGUUUAGAACUUUCUGAAGUUUACGGAAUAGACAUUUAAUUACAGAACGUGUAGUAUCUGUAGAAGCCUUAAUUGACAUGCUUUUGUGCAUUUCUAUCCUGUUUAUUAAUGCUGUAUUUUUGUGUUAAUGAAAAAUAUUACUGAGGAAGUUAGUGCCAAUUUCUCAUUUUUAAGUAUAUCAAACACAACUGACCUAAACUACUGUUAAAAGUGACUGUACUCCUUUGUACUGUUUCCAGAUAAUUGGGAUAUUUCCAAUUCCAAAUAGCUGCCUAUUUAAAGUAAAGCUGUCUAACUUGUAUUUGUCCUAUGUUGACAUUGUAUAUAAUACGCAAACUCUGAACAGAUGGUUAUGGGAAAA